AUGUCCACCGAAGCCGAGAAGGUCGAGCUCGAGGCCGUCCCCCUCAAGACCGACACCGACACGCCCGCCGAGCCCGAGACGACCACGGAGGCCGUCAUCGUCGCCCCCAAGAGGUCGUGGUUCUCCAAAAAGGCGACGAAGAAGGCCGACGACGACGAGAAGAAGGCCGAGGAGGGCGCCGUCACCGGGGAAGCGUGCAAGAAGAAGUGCUGGUGGCGUCGCGAGAAGGCCGAAAAGACUGAGGAACAGCAGAAGGCCGACCACAUCUCCAUUGGGAUCAACCUGGUCGACCGCGAUGAGAAGAACAUCAACGAUCACGUCAAGUUCGGCUUCGAGGACAUCUUCGGCGAGGCCGACACGGCCCAUUCGUGGGACUGCGUGUGGCGCCUCGUAUUCCGCGUGUUCACCUGGACCCGGCUGUUCGUCUACCGACUUGGCUCUUUGCUGAUCGGCCUGCCGGCUGCGAUCAUCUUCGGCGUGCUGUUCGCGCUGUUCACCGUGCUGAACGUGUUCGCGUGCGUGCCGUUGGCCAAGCUGCUCUCCAUCCCGGCGCAGUGGAUCGCCAAGGUGUGGACGUACGUCGUGGAGGCUGUGUUCGACCCGGUCUUCCGUUCGAUCGGCCUCAUCUGGUCUCGGAUCACCGCCCGCAACUACGGUAUCCACAGCCACCCCACCGAUCUCCCCCAG